AGCAGUAGUUUGUUUUGUGUCUGGUUCUAAAUUAAGUCGAGCAUGUUGUGUGCGUACACCCAAGUCAACGGGCUGAAGCUCCACACGGCGGAAAUCGGAGGCCGCUCUUCGCCAUCGGUGGUCUUCUUACACGGAUUUCCGGAAAUAUGGUACUCGUGGCGCCACCGGAUGAUCGCCGUCGCCAAGGGCGGUUUCAGAGCCAUCGCACUCGAUCACCCGACCCAACCAAACCACAUUCUCGGAUCUCAUUGCUGAUCUGCUUGCUCUCCUUGAUUCUCUCAACCUUUCCAAGUAAAUCCCAUUUCAUUUCCCUCAAAAGCAUGGAUAAAAUCCAGCACAAGUUCGUACAAGUCAACGGUCUGAAGAUCCACGCGGCGGAGAUCGGCUGUGAGUCAUCUCCGGUGGUGGUGCUCUUGCACGGUUUCCCGGAAAUAUGGUACUCGUGGCAGCACCAGAUGAUCGUGGUGGCGGAGGCUGGCUUCAUAGCCAUUGCUCCGGAUUACAGAGGGUAUGAUAAGGGUAAUUCCCAUAUCAAGAUGCUGGAGACGAUAAAAGAGAUAAAUGAGAAGUCCCGGGAGGCGGAAUCCAGUCGACGACUCAAGCUUAAACAAAUAGCAUAAAAUAAAAUAGAAAGAGACAAAACUCAUAUAUUCAUUCAUUCGUUGAAAAGAAUAACAAUAACCUUCUUUAUAAUACUAAUACUAACUUAAUGAGCAACACAUCCAAGAUAUGGAAAAGAUAUGCAAUCCCUAAAUUAUCUUUGAGUUGUGAUUCACGAGCUGCAUAUUUUUGAUGCUGCAUUCGGGCAGAUAAUUUAUAGUUUACAACAACGAUAAUAUUUACUACAACAAUCGAUUGGAUUACAUUUAGGGGGAUUAUGAGAGCGACAACAUCAGAGGAAUUAGUGACAAAAAGGACGACGUUGAAGCUGGAUCACAGGAUUCACAGCAUCACAUUGUUAGUUG